GAAAAAAAAAAAAAAGACAAAAGUUUCUCGAGAGAGGCAGAGACGGACACUCAGCCAGCCCGGGCCCCGGGCCCGGGGUGUGCCCUACAGCUGUAGGGGCGGGGUUGGAUAUUCCUGGAGCCGAGGAGCCGUCGUCUCUGGACAGGAUGUGAGAGAGGAACUGGGGUCUCCAGUCACGGGAGCCAGCUGGGGCCGCAGAGGGAAGGGAUCGCGGCUGCCAGUCUCCCACUCAGGAUGCGGCUUCCCCGGCCUCAGCCCUGGGGGCUCGGUCUGCUGCUCGUCCUCCUGCCUGGGGCGCUGAGAGCAGGUCCCCCGCCCCGACUGCUCUCUUCGCCGGCAGAGAACCAUCGCUCUCUGCAGUACCACUUCACGGCCGUGUCGGCCCCCGCCGCGGGGACCCCUGCUUUCUGGGUUUCGGGCUGGCUGGGGCCCCAGCAGUACCUGAGCUACAAUAACCUGCGAGGGCAGGCUGAGCCCUGCGGCGCGUGGGUCUGGGAAAGCCAGGUGUCCUGGUACUGGGAGAAAGAGACCACCGACCUGCGAUACCAGCAGACGCUCUUCCUCCAAGCGCUCCAAGCUCUAGGCGAGGGCCCCUUCACCAUGCAGGGCCUGUUGGGCUGCGAGUUGGGCCCUGACAAUGUAUCGGUGCCGGUGGCCAAGUUUGCCCUGAACGGCGAGGAGUUCAUGAUGUUUGACCCCAAGCUGGGCAUCUGGGAUGGUGACUGGCCUGAGUCCCGGACCGUCAGUAUCAAGUGGACGCAGCAGCCCGAGGCGGUCAACAAGGAGAAGACCUUCCUCCUCUACUCCUGCCCGCACCGGCUGCUGGGGCAUCUGGAGAGGGGCCGAGGCAACCUGGAGUGGAAGGAGCCACCCUCCAUGCGCCUGAAGGCCCGCCCCGGCAGCCCCGGCCUGUCUGUGCUCACCUGCAGUGCCUUCUCCUUCUACCCACCUGAGCUGAAGCUGCGCUUCCUGCGGAACGAGCUGGCCACUGGCUCUGGUGAGAUACACAUGGGCCCUAACGGCGACGGCUCCUUCUACGCCUGGUCAUCACUCACAGUCAAGAGUGGCGACGAGCACCACUACCGUUGCGUGGUGCAGCACGCGGGGCUGGCCCAGCCCCUCACGGUGGAGCUGGGCCUCUAUGAGUCAUGUUCUACUGCUCUGUGCCCACCCCUCCUCUCCAAGUUGGAACACCGCCCACUCUGCUGCUACAGAAUCACCAGCCAGGACCUCGGUGCCAGUGGUUGGAAUCGUCAUCGGCUUCUUGCUGCUCCUGACAGUGGCUGCGGGAGGAGCUCUCCUGUGGAGAAGGAUGAGGAAGGGGCUGCCAGCUCCUUGGAUCUCUUUCCGUGGGGAGGAUGUAGGGGCCCUCCUGCCCACUCCCGGCCUGUCCAAGGAUGGUGAAUCUUAGGAUAAAAAUGCAUUCCCAGCAACUGCCGAUCAUCCCCCAUCCUGGCUGUUACCAGCUAAUGUCCUCAGGUCCUUCUCAUGCUGUGAGACCUCCGGGAAUCCUGGUAUUUUUGAGCCUCCGGAAGGAGCCCAAUGUCCUCCCUCUGGACUUCUCCUCUCGUGAUCUGCCUCAGUUACCCCUCCCGAUAUAUAUGGUUCUUUUCCAGCUCCACAUAUAACAUGGGUUUGGGCCCGAAUAGUUGUGUUCUCAUCGUUUCAACUUUUUUAGGGAAUUGUGAGGGGGAAUAAAUGGUGUAAGCCUUGGGCUUCAAGUCUCUCCUGAGGCUAACUUGUUGCCAUAGUGGAAUUUGCCAAUUUUAUAUACCAAGUCAUGUAUUUUUAAUGAAUAAAUUUCACAAAUAUUUACUGGA